CAAAAGAUAUUUGACGUUUGUAUGUCAGACUUCCUGUCAAGCAAAAAGUCCUGGAGAAGGAGAAUUAUGAAUUUCUUGAAAUUGUGUUAUUAAUUAUAUCUUGCGUCUAACUAUCUUAACAAUUACGUUCAUAUUCACAACAAUUUAAAGAUGCCGUCUAAGCAAAGAAAGAUUGCUAUGAUGGGAUACCGGUCCGUGGGUAAAUCAUCCUUAAUUAUACAGUUUGUAGAAGGUCAGUUUGUUGAUUCCUACGAUCCUACAAUUGAAAACACAUUCACAAAGUUUAUCCGGCUGAAUUCAACUGAAUAUGAAGUAAAGCUUGUGGACACAGCUGGACAAGAUGAAUACAGUAUAUUCCCUCUUCAAUACAGUAUGGACUUUCAUGGUUAUGUACUAGUGUACUCCAUUACAUCAAGUAAAAGUUUUCAAAUAGUACAAAUUAUUUAUGAUAAACUAUUGGACAUGGUUGGAAAAAUACAUGUCCCCAUCGUGUUAGUUGGUAAUAAAACAGAUCUUCAUCUAGAAAGAAAAAUUAGUACAGAGGAAGGCAAGAGACUUGCCGAGAAGUGGAAGGCUGCAUUUGUGGAGACCAGUGCUAAGAGGAAUGAGUCGGUAACUGAUAUGUUCCAUGCUAUAUUAUUAGAGAUUGAGCGAUCAGAUGGACAUAUACCAGACAAGAAUGGGUGCGUUGUUUCUUAAUGAAAAGUUAUGAUUUAUGAACAAAGUGCUUUUUACUUAAGCUGAAGUGAUUUAAAUGUAGUGUUUGUAUGUGCACCGCAAGCUAAUUGUCGCGAUAAAACUCGAUUUUUGUAAUUAUUUUUAUAUGUAUUAUAUAUUUCUGAAUGCUUAGUAAGAGUGGUUUCAGACUAGUGGAUUGCCUGCUUGGUUUCUUAAAUCUCUGUUCCAAUAGUUACAACUUAAUUUAUAUGAAACCACUGUUAACUUAAACUGUAUGAGCUGCCUAGGACAAAAGAAUAAUUCUGUUUUGAAUGUGUCACCUUUAUAAGUAAACAUCGAAGUUCACAUAGCUAAUAUUUAAAAUUGUUUUGGCAGGAAUAGUCUAAUUUAGAGCUAAUAGCUACACCUUUAUUUAAACACUAUCAUUAAUACAGUACAAAAACUUGUUUAUACAAACUAGUAUAAUUUUAUAUUUAUAAUUUCUUUCUACAUAUAUUAAUUACAAAAAAAAGGAAAGCCAUACAGAAUAUUAGUUAUUACUACAGCCUGGCAAGCCCCUUUAAAAACACUCCCAUGGUUCACGCGGGAGCAAAGCAUUAGGUAAUUAUUGUUGACAAGACUGUCAGUGGUGGGUCAUAACUAUGUGCCUAAUUUUAUUGUUCCUUGUUAAAUUAAAUCUUACACAAUGCGAAAAUUAUUCCCAACUACUAUAAUCCCAACUACUAAUAUCCUGAUUGAAUGAUUGCCAGGCUGUAGAUGAUUCUUCGUAAAUACACAUAAUUAACUAAACAUUAGAUAUGGUGGAAAGCUGCUUUCUGUUCUUUAAUUAUGUAACAAUAUGCUGAAAUAAUAUUGUUAUUGUUCAUCAUUAUUUCCAGCACUUUGAAACUUAUUAAAUAUUUCGUCUUGUGCUAUUAUUGUAGUUGAAUACAUAUAUAGAUUAGAUUAAUUUUAUUUAUCUGUAUCAUACUGGAGUUGUUCAGCAAAGGUUCAUUGAUGUAAUUUUUGGCGUCUUGAAUUCAAAUAGUUUUAAUGAACGUAUUUAUAACUACAUACUUAUGUUAUGCCUACUUAGUUAUUUAUAUGUUCAUAAUAAUGUAAAAUUUUAUUAUUUUUGUAAGGGUAUAAAGUACAUAAAAUUAUGUUAUUGUAUUUUUGUAUAUAAAACUGAAUUCUUUUUUGGAAUCAUUGAAGAAUUUAUAAAUCUAUAUACUAUACUAUGUUCUGAGACCAAAGCAAAUUCGAUUGUCGCAUUGCAUCGACAUAAAAACGCUCUUAUUCGUGUUCUAAUUCAACAAAUACAAAAUUGAUUGACUGAUGUGCAGUUUUCAGGUUGUGCCACUUACCUGCAGGAUACCAUUUGCGUACUUAAUUGUUUGUCAAUGAACAGUGGGACAUUGUAUCCGUCAUAAAAUAUUUCAAGUUUGGUGAUCUGUGGUCACGCAAGUAAGAAGUUAAGUACUUCUUAUUACACAGUUCGCUUAACACUAGAACUAGUCUGGUUCAUCUACUAGUGACAAUUAUUUUUUCUCGAACAAUACCUAUUUCUCUUGAUGGUGUUAAGCCAAGAAGAACGCAAAAACUUUCUAAACAGAGGAGCCCAUAGUCGUUUUGCUUCGUAUGGCACCGAAACACUAAGGCAAAACUGACUGAUUUCAGUUUCUAUUCCAUUGUAAACAUUUUAAUAAGUGGAAAUUAUACUUACGCAUUCAACUAUUAACCGAAUUCUGUUAAAAAGCUUAUAUACUUUCAAAAUUAAAGGUAGUUCAAUCAACAAUCAACAACUUUUGAUUGUAUAAUUUAAGGUCCAGACUCCACCAAAGCAGAGUGGAGCUGACAAGUUCUCAAAACAUCGAAAGAUUUUCUCCGCUCAGGGUUAACUACUCUGAGUGGAAUACAAGAUGGUUGGAUAACGAAAUUCUAUUGGUUGUUUAAAAACUUCUCCGUCGCCCACCGCUUUGGUGGACGCUGGGCCUGACUGGUAUUUGAUCAUAACACCUAGUGUUUGAUUAACAAAGAAUGUAAAAGACACGAUAACAUUGAACCAUUUUAUUAUUGUAAAAAUGUAAAAAAUAUAGAUAUUGUAAUUUAUGUUGUGUGGGAUUGCAUUUAGUACUCUGUCACUAUAUUUUUAGAGGCUCGAGUUAUAAGCGUUAGAAUAUUUGUAUACUAUAAUAUGGUAUGUAAACGUGUAUUCUGCUUAUGCGUUAUAAUCUUGCAAGAGCUAAGUAUGUGAGAAAAUCAUAUGCUUCAAUGUAGUGGGCAAUGUGGGCAUAUUAAUUAUUAUUGUACGAGAUCGCGCUACGUCUUCUCGCUUCACCGCACUUGGCUGCGGUCCCUGAUGCUUCGAUACGGGUGACGGCUACAAACUAGAAGGAGAACCUUUACCUUGUAUAAAGCUUAGAUUACGUCUUCUACACAAUCCAUAAAUGUUUCUAGUAUCAUCAUAUUCGUAGCUGACUGCUGAGUCAUAGCCUCAUGACAAUUUGUUCGGAUUCAUACUUGUAUGUAAUUAUGGGAGAUUACAAUUUUAAGAUAAU